AUGGAGAAUACGAACUGGCUCAGUGAUUACCCUUUGAUUCAUGCUUCUUUAUCUCAUCAGAGUCCCACUUUCCCUUGGCAGAUCGAUGCUUCAGCUACUGUCAGUGUUGAAGAAGUUGAUGGCUUCCUUUGUGAUUCUGAUGUGAUCAACGAACCUGGCUCAAAGAAGAGUGUUCUUUUGGUUAUGCUCUUCGUUGCUUCAGGAUCAAAUGUGCUGGUUCUAGCUCGAAAGCCUGUAGGGAGAAACAAAGACGUGAUAAGGUGGCUAAAUGACAAAUUUACGGAGUUGAGUUCCAUACUGGAACCUGGUAGAUCUCCGAAAACAGACAAGGUUGCUAUCAUCAAUGAUGCAAUUCGCAUGGUGAAUCAAGCAAGAGACGAAGCACAAAAGUUAAAAGACUUGAACUCAAGCUUCCAGGAGAAAAUCAAGGAGUUGAAGGAUGAGAAAAACGAGCUGCGUGCUGAAAAACAGAAACUGAAGAUUGAGAAAGAGAGAAUCGAGCAGCAACUUAAAGCGAUUAACACACAACCUUCUUGUUUCUUGCCAAAUCCGCCACCACUCUCACAAGCUCAAUCUCCUGGAAGCAAGCUUGUCCCCUACACAACUUACCCUGGCUUUGCCAUGUGGCAGUUCAUGCCUCCUGCUGCAGUUGAUACCUCACAGGAUCACGUGCUUCGUCUUCCGGUUGCUUAA